AACAAAACCCAAGCCUGCUUCAUCGUCCUGACCUGCACACAUCAGGGAAGAGAGAGAGAGAGAGAGAGCGAGAGCUGUGACCAUCCAGAAGAGGAUAGUGCAAAAGAAAAAGAAAAAGAACAACAAACAAAAGGCACCAAGAUAGGGGAUCAAGGGGUUAUGGCUGGAUUCCUGGUGUGGUUUUGGAACGAGAGGUUUUGGCUGCCUCAUAAUGUGACCUGGGCCGACUUAAAAAACACUGAGGAGUCCACGUUCCCUCAGGCGGAGGAUCUGUAUGUGGCGUGUCCACUGGCCUUCUUCAUCUUCAUCAUCCGACUCGUGUUUGAGAGGUUCAUUGCAAGACCAUGUGCUCUGGGACUGAAAAUCCAAGCGAACGGGCCUCGGAAGGCUCAGACAAAUGCUAUUUUGGAGAAGGUCUUCACUGCUAUCACUAUGCAUCCUGAUGAAAAGAGGUUAGAGGGCUUGUCAAAGCAGCUGGACUGGGACGUGAGAACAAUCCAGCGCUGGUUUCGACAGAGACGCAAUCAAGAGAAACCGAGCACUCUGACCCGCUUCUGCGAGAGCAUGUGGAGGUUCACCUUUUACCUGUACAUAUUUACCUAUGGGGUGCGGUAUCUUAAAAAGACUUCCUGGCUGUGGAACACUAGAGAAUGCUGGUAUAACUAUCCAUAUCAGGCUCUAACAGUGGACCUGCACUAUUACUACAUUUUGGAGUUGUCGUUCUACCUAUCUCUACUCUUCUCCCAGUUCACAGACAUCAGGAGGAAGGACUGUCUGCUCAUGUUCAUGCACCAUGUUGCCACCGUCUCUCUGAUCAUGUUAUCUUACGUGAAUAACAUGGCUCGAGUGGGCACGCUGGUCCUGUGCCUCCACGAUGCUUCAGAUGUGCUGUUGGAGGCUGCCAAAAUGGCUAACUAUGCCAAAUAUCAGAGGCUUUGCAAUGUCCUGUUCAUCAUGUUUGCACUGGUGUUCAUCAGCUCCAGACUGGGCUUAUAUCCUGUCUGGAUUUUGAACACCACACUGUUCGAGAGCUGGGAUAUCGUGGGGCCAUACCCAUCUUGGUGGGUGUUUAAUGGGCUGCUGGUGCUGCUGCAGGGUUUACACAUUUUCUGGUCCUAUCUCAUAGUGAAAAUAGCAUGCAAAGCCAUCUCCAAAGGCAAGGUGGGAAAGUGGAAUCCUUUACAUGUGUCAAAGGAUGACCGCAGUGACAUCGAGUCAAGUUCUGAUGAAGAGGAAGUGGCGCCAUCUGCUCACAAACACCACACUAACGGGACCAAUGGGUCUCAUGGCACUAAUGGUUUCCUGUCAUCUGCGUGUCAUGAUGAACACUAAGCAUUGAGCGUCGUUUCUGCCCACUGCAGCCUGCUUGUUAGUCUGUACAGUACUCAUGUGUGUCAAAACAACGUCACCCAUCUGGUACUGGAAGAUCCUAUUGCAGAAUAAUGUGAAUGCAGUUGCAUUUCAAUAUGUUUCAGUACAAUGAUUUUCGUUCCUGUUCCUUGUACCUGUUUUACUUUUCUUAUCUCAAACCAUUUAUAGGCACUUGGUUGAAUAUCAGAUCACUGCUCCUUCCUCUAUCGAUCGCUCAUUCUUAUUUUGAAUGAAUGAACUCAUCACUCGUCUCAUGCUAGCAUGCUGCUGUCGUCAUGUAUUUUGGUGUCAGUGGGAGCGGCUGUUUUCUCGAGGUAACAUCUAUGUAUUUAUUUAUUUUUUUUAUAUCUAUAUAUAGAUUGCAAAAUUGUGGUUGAGAUUUUAUUUUCUAUUUCUUAUGGUAAUUUACUGUCAGUGUUUUUGAGAUGGCACACUAUUUAAAGUUCAGUCACCGUUUCAGGAUUCAGCAAGGCAACAGCUUUCGCAUACAAGGUGUUUCGCUUUAAAUCAUUUAUCGCAGUUUCAGAUGAGGUAACUGCUGUCUGAUAUGUUCGACUAUAAAAUGGAUGACCUGCAUUAUACAAAUGAGCAACACCACUUGCUAUAUUUGCACUAGUGAACUGUAAAAUGGGAAUUCUCUAACUGUAUUAUGUGUUCAUGUGUUUUGUUAGAAAUUCUGCCAUAUUGUCCUUCACUUUAAAUUAAGUAUGGACCUGUACUUUAAAACAGUGGACAUCUUAUAAUGGGUUUUCUUUGUGUGUGUGAGUGAGAGAGAGAGAGAGAGAGAGAGAGAGAGAUUCUUACAUUGUGUUAAAUAAUUGUAAAACAACUUUGAAUGCAUUAUUUAAUUGACUUUUAAGGAACUGAAUUAUAUUGCCCUGUGUCCUUGAUUAUAAUGUGAUUCUCCAUCUGGGUUUACAUGAACCAUGUGAUGUUAUACUGUAGGUAGUAGACACAAUUGCAUGACAGUUUCCAAAGUAUUAAUAUCAAAUUCUAUGAAUCAAUAUAUUUAUCAAUAGGUGAAUUAUAAAAAUGUCCCAUUUCAAUACCCUAUUUUAACACACACAAAACAACGAUCCAUUACAAUUGCAUUGUGUAAGUAAAUCAAGUUAAGACACUGGUACACCAUCACACACCUUACGCACGUUGCCAAAAGCCUGAACUCCAUACAGUGAUAUUAUGUUUCUGCUUCUUCAGCUUUGAAUGAUAUCUUCUCAUUGUCCUGUUCUUGGUAUAAUGUAACACUUAUUCUUUACUGAGCUAAGUGGAUGACUCAUUAAAAUGCCUUUGAAAUC